AAGGACUUAUUCUGGGUCGCUUCUCUGAGAAAUAGACAUCUGGCUCUUUUGAUAUCACGGAGAAGAACGUGGUGUUGUGGCUUUCUGAUAAACCGUGUUGCUGACUCAUGGCUGGGAGGUCUUUACAGAGAUCCCCGUCCGGCUGGUAGCAAAUUGCUCGGCACGCCACCUCACGACUUCUGGCUGAGGCAGGGCAGCCGCUUCCAACCAAGGGAGUUUCAGGCAUGAAAUGUCAUCGUCUUCCUUAGAAAGUCCCUGCCCUGAAAAAUUACCCAGCGCAUCGGUGGGGAAGCCUGGUGACAAAUAGUCCGUGGUGGGAAGGAAGUUCUCAGCAACAGUUGGUGGCCAGCUAAAGACAGGAUGGCGAGUUGGCUUCGUAAUCCCCUAAAGGACCCCGAGAUUGAGCUGUUUGUAAAGGCUGGCUUGGAUGGACAGAACAUUGGAAAUUGCCCCUUCUGUCAAAGCCUCUUUAUGGUGUUAUGGCUCAAAGGUGUCAGAUUUAAUGUCACCACCGUAGAUAUGACCAGGAAACCAGAUGAGCUGAAGGAUUUGGCCCCGGGCAUCAACCCUCCGUUUUUAGUCUUCAACAAGGAGCUGAAAACAGAUUUUCUGAAGAUUGAAGAUUUUCUGGAGCAGACCCUCUCCCCCCCUAAGUACCCACAGCUCACCCCCCAAAACAAGGAGUCCGUGGAUGUGGGCAGAAACAUUUUUGCCAAAUUCUCUGCAUACAUCAAGAACCCCCAUAAGGAAGCAAAUAAAAGUUUGGAGAAAGCUUUAGUGAAAGAGUUCCAGCGCUUGGAUGAUUAUUUAAGAAACCCCCUGCCUGAAGAAAUUGACCAGAACUGUGCUGAAGACAUUCUGGUUUCCGAGAGGAAAUUCUUGGAUGGAAACCGGAUGACGUUAGCAGACUGCAACCUUCUGCCCAAACUCAACAUCAUCAAGAUUGCCGCCAAGAAGUAUCGCAACUUUGAGAUCCCUUUGGAGAUGACUGCAGUUUGGCGCUAUCUCCACCAGGCUUAUGCGCGGAAUGAGUUCAGCCACACUUGUCCAGCUGACGAGGAGAUCGAACGCACUUAUGCCAGCGUGGCUAAGAAGAUGAGCUAAAGACCAGGCUCUGGAAGUUGGUGCCUGCAAAGGUCUACCAGGGAAUUGGGUGUGCAAUACUAACCCCAAGCUGAAUAUUCCUCAUAUGCUAGUCUUAAAAAAAAAAAUACUUUGUAUUUUUAGGGGGAGAAUCAUUGUAGUCAUCUUUUCCUGCCAAACCUUUUGACCAUGAGUUGGCCAUAUAUGAGAGAUUCUUCUCUUGGCGUUUCUUCACCCACAUGUACACUUUUCAUGGAGCAAAGGAAGUUAAAUCUGACCCUCCAGCGUGGUUAGUUCUGUUAAGAGAUUCCGAGACAUUUUUGCAAGGCUUCCAAGAAUCAACUGAUCAAACACUACCUUGUUGAAGAAGAUUACUUGCCUCUGCACCUAGGAAGGAUCUUUUUUUCCCCAUCCAGACUUCUAGGUUGGGGUUUAUAAAUAGCCUAAGCACCAUCCAGAGGUAGUUAUUCAGUCAGUUCGGACCAGUUCACUCAAACAGGUAGUGGAAAUCGCAGGUGGACGAAAGGGGAGUGGGCUUAGCAAUAGCAA